AUGAAGGGGGAUGGGGAUAAUGAUAUCAAGAUUGUCUGUGACAAGCAGCAGGAUGACACGCAAGGCCAAUCAGACGAUGAUUCCGGGUCAGCAUCAGGUUCUGGUUCUGGUUCAAGCUCUGGGAGCAGUAGUGAUGGAAGCAGCAGCCAGUCAGGCAGCAGUGACUCUGAUUCUGGUUCAGAGUCAGGCACGCAGUCAGAAUCGGAGUCUGACACAUCUAAGGAGAAGAAACAAGUUCAAGCUAAACAGCCAAAAGCUGAUGGAUCUGAGUUUUGGAAGUCUAGUCCAAGUAUACUUGCUGUGCAGAGAUCAGCAGUGCUCAAGAAGCAACAACAACAAAAGGCAGCCUCAUCAGACAGUGGUUCAGAGGAGGACUCAUCGAGUAGUGAAGACUCUGCAGAUGACUCAUGCAGUGAAACCAAGAAGAAAAAACAUAAAGAUGAAGACUGGCAAAUGUCAGGUUCAGGGUCAGUAUCAGGAACCGGUUCAGAUUCUGAAUCGGAGGAAGACGGGGAGAAAAGCAGUUGUGAAGAGAGUGAAUCUGACUAUGAGCCAAAAAAUAAGGUCAAAAGCCGAAAACCUCCAAGCAGAAUUAAGCUGAAAAGUGGUAAAAAAAGUGCAGGACCAAAAAAGAGGCAACUUGAGUCAUCAGAGGAGGAAGAGGAUGAUGAUGAUGAUGAUGGUGGUGAUGAUGAUGAUGAUUGCGAUAAGAGAGGAUCUCGUCGCCAGGCAACAGUCAACAUUAGUUACAAAGAAGCUGAAGAAACUAAGACAGAUUCUGAUGAUUUGCUGGAAGUUUGUGGAGAAGAUGUCCCUCAAACUGAAGAAGACGAAUUUGAAACUAUAGAGAAGUUCAUGGACAGUCGAGUUGGCCGAAAAGGAGCCACGGGUGCUGCAACAACCAUCUAUGCAGUUGAGGCAGAUGGUGACCUAAAUGCUGGGUUUGAAAAGUCAAAGGAGCCAGGAGAAAUACAGUAUCUUAUUAAAUGGAAAGGUUGGUCACACAUCCAUAACACUUGGGAAACUGAGGAGACACUGAAGCAACAAAACGUUAAAGGAAUGAAGAAACUAGACAACUACAAGAAAAAGGAUCAGGAAACAAAACGAUGGCUGAAAAAUGCUUCUCCAGAAGAUGUGGAAUAUUACAACUGCCAGCAGGAGCUUACAGAUGAUUUACAUAAACAAUAUCAGAUAGUGGAAAGAAUAAUUGCUCAUUCAAAUCAGAAAUCAGCAGCUGGUUAUCCAGACUACUAUUGCAAAUGGCAAGGCCUGCCUUACUCAGAAUGUAGCUGGGAAGAUGGUGCUCUUAUUGCUAAAAAGUUUCAGGCACGCAUUGAUGAGUACUUUAGCAGAAAUCAGUCCAAGACCACUCCAUUUAAGGACUGCAAGGUUCUAAAACAGAGGCCAAGGUUUGUUGCACUAAAGAAGCAACCAUCUUACAUUGGAGGCCAUGAAGGUUUAGAGUUAAGAGAUUAUCAGUUAAAUGGAUUGAAUUGGCUUGCUCACUCAUGGUGCAAAGGGAAUAGCUGUAUUCUUGCAGAUGAAAUGGGUCUGGGUAAAACAAUACAAACAAUUUCUUUUCUGAACUACCUGUUUCACGAACAUCAGUUGUAUGGGCCUUUUCUGCUGGUCGUACCACUUUCUACAUUGACAUCUUGGCAAAGAGAGAUUCAAACUUGGGCUCCUCAGAUGAAUGCUGUAGUUUACUUGGGGGAUAUAACUAGCAGAAAUAUGAUUAGAACUCAUGAAUGGAUGCAUCCACAGACCAAACGAUUAAAAUUUAACAUACUUCUAACAACAUAUGAAAUUUUGCUGAAGGAUAAGUCAUUCCUUGGUGGUCUGAAUUGGGCAUUCAUAGGAGUUGAUGAAGCUCAUCGUUUAAAAAACGACGACUCUCUUCUGUACAAGACUCUAAUAGACUUUAAGUCUAACCAUCGUCUUCUUAUUACUGGAACACCUCUACAGAACUCCCUCAAAGAGCUUUGGUCUUUGUUGCACUUCAUCAUGCCGGAGAAGUAA